CAGUCCAAGUGAGCCGGUCCGACGACCAAGUUGAACCCCGAGUCCCGAGUGCCUUUGCGUCCAGUUCGCCCGUUCGCGAGUCCAGUUCCGAGUUCUUCAACACUUGUCACCGACCGCUUCCCGACGCGAGUUUCCUUUCCGCGCCGCAGUUCCGUCCUCCGUUCGCCGAACCUUAUCAUGAACACCUAGUUUGUGCCGUCCAGGAUACGUCCACUCAUUUCGUGUUUAUUUUUUUCCUCUUCAAGUUUUUUUUUUAGUUUUUUCUCCCAGCAACGGAAGAUGCAGUAAUUUCAGCCACCGAUAAGGAAGCGACAGGAUGAAAAACCAGCCUGAUCAUAGAAUUAAUGAACUAAUGACAAUUUGGAGGUGGCUUCCGGUUUUAGCAUGUAUUCCUGUUACUUUGUCUAUCACCCCAAAGCCAACCAAGUCGGUGGACUCCGACGAUUCCUCUCAAGUUUUGGGAUCCAGCGUUGUCACUUCCGUAUCAGUAAUCAUGGACCAUGGGAACGGAACAAAAACGAUAUUUCCGGAGAUUCCUGGUCAAGUUCAGCCACGACCGAAUAUCGUUGGGAGUCCUGGCAACAUGCUGGAGCCUGAUCGCUACGAGUUUUACACGUUUGACGAAACAGGAGAUUUGGUCAAGAGACUUAUGACUCUUGAGGAGAUACAAGGCCUAAUCGCCGGCGGGGAUAGCGAGGGUAUCGUUGGCGAAGCUUCUGCUCCGACUUAUUAUCACGAGAGCAUGGCAGCGCUGCCGGACGAGCAAACCCAUAUUGCCGCAAACGAUUUCGACUCGUCGUCCAACAGCCAAGGUGUUCACAAAGUGGUCGAGAGCGUCCAGAACGUCCUCAAAUCAGAGUUAGCUGCUACUCAAUCGAAACCUUAUCCAAAACCCAUGAUGGAUCUUCAUCCUAAUCCAGAAUGGAGCAUUCUUUUGCCUGGAUUACUUGGAGAUAAUUCGGAUGAGUCUCUGCCACCCUCAGAUAUUAAUCAUUUAGGAGAUCUAUCUUCCAUGGCCUCGGAAAAUAGCUAUUAUCAAUCCACACCGAACUCGGUUUCCGAAAAUUUUGACUCGAACGAUGACAAGUACCAGAAGACGCAGCAAACGAUUAUUCAUUACAUCCCGAUCGAGAACGUGCCCAUAAAAUCUUCAGGAAAAAAACCGGGUAAGGUGCCUGUGUCGUCAACUACUACUAAAAUUAACGAGAUAAAGUCUCCAAUGGUCUCCACAGAAAAAUAUUCCCAAAAUUCUCCAACUACAAUUAAAUACGGCUCCUCUUCAACGACAGAAAAAUAUAUAUAUCCACCGAGCACAACUUUUGGCAAGUACAGUUAUGCCAGCUCUUCUAAUACAGAAAAACCAACUUCUUCCCAUCAUUCUUUAGAAAAGUUGAACUACUCUAGUCCGCCGAACUCUUUGAACGAUAAAUUGAGCUACUCUAGCACGUCCACCUUUUCGAAUGAUAAAUAUAACCAUCCCAGCGUCUCCAACGCUUUAAACGAGAAAGAAACACAGUCUACGUCGUCAAACUUUUAUAAUGAGAAGAUGAGUUACUCAAAUCCACCGAGCACUAUUAAUGAUCGAUUCAUAUCCUCUAGUUCAACUUCAGAUAAGAAUAAAAACCAUAUUUCACAUUCAACCGAGAAAAUACAACACCUGACUCCGAGCACAGAACAAUAUUUUUACACCGGCCCGAGCACAGAGAAAAAAUACUUUUCAAAUUACCAGACGCCUACCACUGAGAAACUUCAUUAUUCAAGUUAUACAACUGAUAAGCAGCACGCCCCCACAGGAACUACAGAAAAUAAGUAUUUCUCAUCCCUUAGUUCUCCUAGUUCCUUAGUGGAAAGUAAUGGACAACCUAAUUUAUCUACUGAGGGAAGUUAUGUCACAAUAUCAACUUCAGAAAAGCACUAUUUGACAAACUCAAUUAAAGAUAAAAUAAAAAAUUCAACGCCGAGCCCCGAUAAAACUUCGCAAUCCACGCAAAACACAAACACACACUCAAGUUCGACAAAUAAUAAAUACACGCCUUUUGGACACAGUUCAGAAAAACCAAUGCAUCAGUCACAAAAUACCGAUAGAAAUAAUUACGUGAUGCACAGCACUGAAAAAUACGUGCAUACGCUCUCAAAUUCAAAUAAAUUUGACCAUGCACCUUUAUCCUCCAUCAAAACAGAGCUAGUUAGUUCCACAGAAAAGUUCAGUCCUGUCUCCUUUUCUGCAAAACCAUCUUCGACGACAAACAAAUACUAUACGACACCAAAACCGGAGUAUCCUUCUUUCAGCUCUGAAAAAUUACAAGCCAUACAUAACUCAUCGCCGAGUUUCUAUUACAUGAAAGAAUCAACUGCAUCACCCUCAGUCACAUCGACAACUUAUUCUACUCCAUUUAAAACACAAUCUAUCUCUUUGAACGAUGAAAUGGCUGCUUCAUUAUCAGAUGUUAUUUCUCAAAUGACUGCUCAACCUUCCAGUGUCACGAAUCACCUCUCGACGAUUUUAGUUCCGACAACAUCUAAAACGUCCAUUCAGUACCACUCGAGCUCAAAUAAGCAACCAGAUAAGUAUGCUACUAAAUUCGCCUCUCACACGACACCGAUGGUAACAGCAGCACCGAUCUCGCACAGUACAACAACCGCUCAACCAUAUUUCACAAAAACCACCACUUAUAAUAAACUUUCAACGUUCAACAAUUUCACCAAAAUAAAGCCAAUGUUCACGACCUCUAAUAGAAUUAAUCCAUCUACCACUCAUUCUCAGUUCCAAAAUAAGGUCUCUUCUCCUUACCCAUCAACCAUCGAUCAAACGAGAAAGCAACCCUCGUCAACGAAUAAAAUCGCUACAAAUGAUGUACCAUUCUCAUCCAGCUCAAAUAGGAUUGUGCAAUACAAUUAUUCUGCAGACUUUAGAAAUAAUCCUACGACAAUAUCUGCCGCGACGUCAUCACCGUCUGUUUCUACCGGUGCCACAGCCAGCUCCUCAAGAAAACCAGCAUCAUCUACCACAGAAGCACCAACAGUGAUCAUAGCCGCUACCACUACGUCAUCAACUACAACAUCAACCACCACAACAACUGCACCUCCCAAGACAAAUGUGAUGACUUCACCAGUAACGACUCCAUCGAAGCCUAGUGUCUCUUAUAAGAAACCCUCGGUUCCACUAACGAAAAUUGCUGUAUCAACAACUGCUCCUACCUCAGCUCAGCAGCAGUCUUUGAAAACGAACUCUGCCUCGACCUCCAUAUCAUCGACUCCAACCACCCGGCCAUCAGAGUCAGGGUCAACUUUGGACUUAAAAAACAAACAUGGAAGUCAAAAUUCAACGCAACAGAAAGUAGAAACCUCUUACACAAAACUUCCGACUUUAUCAAAAGUAACUGAGAAACCAGUGCUACGGCCUAUAGUUUUGAAUAAAACCUCCAACACAACGGCUGUGCGAGACUCGGCGUCACAUGCACCGAUUCGGGUGACUCCAAGACCCUCCACUAGUCAACAAAAACCAACAAUAACGACUAAUACAACACCAGUCACAACCAAAGCGGCUGCAACAACAACAACAACAACUACAUUGGGCACAACCACGGGCAGUACAACGACGACUACGACACCGGUGCCACCUACAACUACAUACGCACCCACCACAUCGACGACAACAACAACAACGACAACCAGCACCACCACUACCACGCAGAGACCAUCACUCGAAACAGCACCACCGACCAAAUUCUCUCCUCAGUAUACAUACAAAUAUCCAGUCAAAAAGCCAGGCGGAUCUUUGCAUGGUCCAUACUACUAUCCCACAACACCGCUACAACUCAAACAUGCAGCAGCUCAGCUUGCAGCGGCACACAACAAUUCUCUUAAGAUGAACCUGACCAGUCACCCUCCAUUAGAGCGCGUUCCUUUCCCAACAAAUAUAUUUAAACAAGGAGGUUCAUCACCAAUGUAUAUGUCUACGGCAAUGUUCAGGAAUGCCACGAAUAGGACGCCAGGCCUGUCGACAUCUGUUAAUUCUUUCAGCUCUCCUAACACAACGACCUCGUACCAAAAUACACCUUCCACAUAUUCCAUCCGUCCCUCGUUGCAAAAUUACACAUCAAGCGUUUUAAUGUCAAGCCAAAGAUACUCAAAUAAAGAACCCGCAACAACCACCGAAAUUCCCCAGUUAUCUAAGAUCACCACUGCGGCGCAAUUUAUCUCGAACGGUCAUCAAAACUACAUAACGAAACCCCCACCAAGUUCAUCAACCCUCGGAAGUCUGAAAAACACUUCAAGUUCUCAAAGUUUCCAGAAAGUUUCGGUGCAAGACCAUAUACCAACUUCAACCCCCUCGUAUAAGAAUGCAGGAUUGCAAAAGAUUUCAUCCGAUACCACCCAGCGUUUCCGACCUACUCAAAUGAAACUGUCUUCUAAUAGUCAAUUUUUGUCUAAUAAGAGUCCUUCAACACACAGUGUUUCAACUGAUGCCUUGAAAGGAGAGUCCCGGCCCAGGAUUCCCUCGACAACCACGAGUAGGUUUGAAGAAUAUAUUCCGGUACAAACACAACAACAUACCACGUCUUACCGCCAUUCAACAUCCGCGACUCCAUCCACCGCAACAACCUCGAAGUUGAUGUCGGAUCAAAGCACAGAGAAAAUCAGUUCUCACGGUCAAAUAUUCACGGGAACCUUCAGCUCAAUAGACGAUGCCGUGAAAAAGCUCUCGACACUCAGUCUAAAGCAUGACCCUAUGAGUGACGCUCUCAGCAGUACAAUUUAUACGUCAACUGCUGCCACUACCGAAAAGAGCACGAUUGCAUCUUCUCCAGAGAAAACCUCAUCUUUGAAAAGCACACAGGUCACAAUGGAUGACCCAGUGACGGACAAGGUUGAAAUUAAACCAACCACCAAUUCCUCCAUAGACGAUCACAUCCAAGAUGGAAUCUCGGCGGUAACAAACAUUCUUUUACAAAGCAAAGGCCCUGACUCCCAUUUAACAAAUUCAACAACUCUCAACAGAGAUUUAGUUCAGGCGUUAGAGGAGGGUGCCUUACUUAUGCCGAACGCUGUUCUAGGAGAGAUGAAGCACUCUGGAUCGAUAGAAUCUCAAAUCGUCAGUAAUAUUACUGACGAGUCGGAAACUGAAAGAACGGCCGGAGAAGUUAUGGACAGCACCGAAGGAGUAAUAUACACCACGAUCUUGGACAGUCUCACAACCAUGGGUUCCAAAAAAGAGACAGACUCCAAAGAAAACUGGCUGUCGGAUAGCUCAAACCUGGAGAGCGUCGAAAUCAUCGAACAAAAAAGUGAAUCAGUAGCUAAGUCAAGUGACGAUAAUAAUUUAGAGUCAGAAGGACUAACAACAACAGCCGAGUACAAUGAGCCGGUCACCGAGACGACGAAAAAAGAUUUUAUCUCCGAGACUACUACGAUUCCCGAAGCAGAGGAAUCGUAUGCAGAGGUAACAACCAUCCCUCCCAACCUCGAUGAUGGUUUAAAUAAAUUUAGAACAGAACUGUUGGACAAGGAUGAUACCAAGACGACAAUCAAGGAACCUGAAGUCACAACUACUAGCACGACGGUCACGACCUCAGCUCCAGUGGUUCCAUCUACCAAAGUUACAACGGAGCCCAGUACAACCACUUCAACCACAACUACCACUGCGAGUCCUGUGCCAGCGAAAGAACCUGUGAACGAUUUUGUCUCCGAGAAAACAGCAUCGAGGCCCGUUGUGAAACCAACUUUCAGCGCGGUGCCAAGCAUCCCGAAGAUUCCAGGUCCUGGGGCGUACCGCCCUAUCACGCCACCUACAGCGGUCGAACUGCACCCUGCUCCUCAUGAGAGUAUGGGAUUGGAGGCGAGCAUAGCUUUCUUAGGAGAUGAUGUUAGACGCUUCUCUGACCUAUGCAAUGAGCUAUCGUUCCGCAUGUGGACUUCAAUCACGGGCAAAGGCAUGAUUUCAUCGAGAAGUUUGGUUUUGUCGCCGUUUGCUGUGACUUCAAUGCUGGCCAUGGUGUUCCUCGGUGCUAGGGGCUCAACCUCUGGCCAAAUGAAUGAUGUUCUAAGAUUGGAUGAUAUGGUCACAUUCAACCCUCACCAAGUACUCCAGAAUAUAACUGAGUCGGUCAUCAACUCUAGAAACAUUGGGAGUUCAACGGCAGCAUUUGUGCGAGAGUUGUACAGUGAUAAGAGCAAAGGAAAAAUACUUGAAUUUUACAAAGAGCGGGCGCAGCAAUACUAUGACGGUCAUGUAGAGGAAGUCAACUUUUCUACAAUCGGUGACGUGUUGAGGCGGCGAACAAAUCUUUUGAUUAAACGCCAAACUCUAGGUCGUAUUCCCGAAUACCUUCGAGGGUCCAGUCUCAACUUGAAACCGCCAAUGGCAGCCUUCGCAGCGAACAUAUUCCAGACGGACUGCGAUCUCGCAUCGACGGACGGCCGAGACGGGGAGAUGUACUUCGUGGUGAGACCCUCGACGCGGCAGAGGCGGCUGGUCCCGGUGCCGGCGGCGGUGUGGAGGAGCGGAUUUUUGGCCGGCUACGAGCCCGGCCUGGACGCCACGGCCGUCUCCAUCGGAUCCGACUCCGUCGUGAGCACCAUCUUCGUGCUCCCCGGUCAGCAGGGACAGGUGGCCCCCGGCGACGGGUUGGCCCGCCUGGAGCAGCGCCUCAUCGAGACCUCGUACAGGCGGGGCGGCUGGUCUCGCCUCCUCAGGAGUCUCCUCUUGAGGCCCGGCCUCGAGAUCCAGCUCCCCAGAUUCUCGCACAGAUCCGUCCUCAAUGUCACGUCGGCCCUCCAGCGGAUGGGCCUCAAGGACAUCUUCGACUCGGAGAAAGCGGACCUCAGAGGGCUCAACGGCUACACCAACGAUCUCUACCUGUCCGAUAUGGUGCAAGUCAACACUUUCAGCACUUGCGGCGAGGACGCUGCCGGGGCGCGACACCACGUCGAGACUUAUCCCUCGUCCCCGCAGAGGGUCGGUAGAGAGGACCCGGAAGUCUACCCCAUCCCGGAUGAUCUGGACCACGAUAUUUACUCGCACUUGCCGCUGAAUCUGCGGCCGAGACAAGCCAGGCUUCCGGAUAACCCGAGGCUCCGUUUCGAUAGGCCCUUCUUGUACUUCGUUCGUCACAACCCCACAGGGAUGAUCCUCCAUGUCGGUCGUUUCAACCCUCGACUCUUGCCUUAGUCCUAUUGAGAUCUCUAAUUACUGGAAAAAACGACGCAUUCCAAGGCCUUGUUUAGUUCAUGACGUUUUUCACCCCAAAAAAGGACCGAGAAUAGGUAGCACGUAAGACAGAUUCUGGUGACUCCCUAGGUUUCAGCAGAAACCCGAAAUUUUGCAGUGCGACUAAAGCCGGCCGAUGUGGAAUAAGUGGUGAUUAUUUUUUUGUGAUCGGUUUGACUGACGUAAAAAAUUUUUCUCAUUGCGCGACCCAAUGUCAAAAAUUUGGUAACUGUCACAAAGUACCUUGGUUUAACUGAUUGCAUCUAUAAGCGUGACUGUGUUAUCUGAGGGUACGAGAGUAUGCUCUUGUAUGAAUGAGUGUACAUAUUUACAUGUAUACGUACUUAUAAAUAUUUAUUUCCUCUUAGCCACUGUAUGUUCAUAUGUACUCGAUUUAAAGUUCCUCCUUAAAUUGUAAGGCAUUCAUGGCAUGAAUGUUGCAGGUUUUUACCUACUUUAUUUCUAUUUUUACUAAGCUCUCGUAUUCGUAUGGUUAAAUUUAUGUUUAUUUAUUUUUGUUUUUAAGCUCCUUCUUUGUUUUCCCAGCUCUCUGAAAUUAUUGUUGCAAAAACUGAUAACUGUUCCUACCUGGCUCAGAACCAAAACUAUAACGCAAUUUACGAUUUUCGGGAAAUUGGAAAGUCAUGAUUUUUACUAUUCAAGACUAUUUAAGAAUUUAGUUUCAAAAAUAUAUGUUUGAGCAAAGAUUUCAUGACUAAAUGGUUUGUAAGCCAAAGAUUUUAACAGGAAACUGCCAAAUUUAGGUGUUUAAAAUAGUUGUAUUUAUUUUUGGAAUUAGACUUUUUCAAAUAAACUUGUGAUUGACUCUUGUCUUAUAAUAUUAAGCGAUGUAUCUAUUUAACUUUAUUUUCAUUUUUCAUUUCAUUUAUUUAUUUAUUCAUCGUGUGCCGGUGAAUUAUGUACAUUUCUCGGAUGGAAAACCAUGACAUCUCUAGAAAAUAAAUACGAAGUGGAGUAAGUAAAGAGAAAUACUCGGUUAUUUCGAGCAGUUCCUUUACUUGUGAUUUGAAAAACACCAAAAAAUAUAAAAUUUGAAUUCCUUUGAAUUUUAGCCGCAAUAUGAGUUGUGCGAGCACCAAUAGAGGUAAUUCUGAAGUAUCAAAACUAUAAGAUUUGUUCAGACAGAAAAUACCCAAUUUUUACGUACAUACAUUCGAGUCGCUUUACAGCGCGCCCGGGCGCUCUGCGACACCUAAUCGCCAUCCUUGCCUAUCGAUCCAGAGGUCAUCUGGUAAAUGGCAUCUUGUGAUUUCACCCAAUUUUUAUUGAUAUCUUAUUUCAGACGUUAUUUAUUCUUCAAUAUGCUCGUGCUACUUUGCCUGUAUUUUCUUGUAAGUAUAUGGCUUGGCUCCUUCUCACUGAUUGUCUCUACGAAUAAUUUCUUUUUUAAUAACAGCUGGAGAUUUUGCUAACACUUCGAAAGUCUGAGAAAAUGUUGAUUCUCCCAGAAUGUUAAUUGCCUAGUCUCAUAUGAAUAUGACGCUAGUCUGGCAAUUUAAACGUCUCAUUAUUUCAAUUAUAACUUUUAUUUUUUCAUGAAUAUACUGAUAGAAAAUAUUUGAUUCAACAAUGUGAUGUAUUACUGGGUAAAAAUUUCGUAUAACUCAAGUGCGAUUGCAGUCAAAUUAUUAUGACAUUUUCCUCUACUUUUAUCGCAACAGCAAAGAACCCUACAACAAAACGGCCAAAUCGGCCCAAACACGGAAUCCUACGAUUUUCUCAGGGAUGA